AUGCUGGGACCGCCUCCUAUUCCUGAUGAACGUACACGGUUAAUCUCUCUCUUUGUCUUUUCCUCUCUCUCUAUUACUUUCUCUCUCUCUCUAUCGAUUUUUCUCUCUUUAUCUCUUUAUCGUUUUCUCUCUCUCUUUAUUUCUUUAUCAGUUAAUCUCUCUCUUUAUCUUUUUCUCUCUCUCUAUUUCUUUCUUUCUCUCUCUAUCGAUUUUUCUCUCUUUAUCUCUUUAUCGUUUUCUCUCUCUCUCUCGUUAUUUCUUUAUCAGUUAAUCUCUCUCUUUAUCUUUUUCUCUCUCUCUAUUACUUUCUCUCUCUCUCUAUCGAUUUUUCUCUCUUUAUCUCUUUAUCGUUUUCUCUCUCUCUUUAUUGCUUUAUCAGUUAAUCUCUCUCUUUAUCUUUUUCUCUCUCUCUAUUACUUUCUCUCUCUCUCUAUCGAUUUUUCUCUCUUUAUCUCUUUAUCGUUUUCUCUCUCUCUUUAUUUCUUUAUCUUUAUUCUCUUUCUUUAUCUCGUUCUCUCUCUCUCUAUUUCUUCCUCUCUCUCUUUAUCCAUUUUUCUCUCUUUAUCUCUUUAUCGUUUUCUCUCUCUCGUUAUUUCUUUAUCAGUUAAUCUCUCUCUUUAUCUCUCUCUCCUUAUCUCUUUCUCUCUCUCUUUAUCUAUUUUUCUCUCUAUCUCUUUCUUUAUAUGUUUCUCUCUCCUUAUAUCUGUUUUAUCUAUUUAUCGCUCUUUAUCCAUUUCUCCCUUUCUCUCUUUCUCUCUUUUUCUUUAUCUAUUUCUCGCUCUCUCUCUCUUUAUUUCUAUCUUUAUCUAUAUUUCGUUCUCUAUUUAUUUAUUUCUCCUCUUUCUCUCUAUUUAUCUCUCUUUAUCUAUCUAUCUAUCUAUCUAUCUAUCUAUCUCUUUUUCUCUUUCUCGAUUCCUUCAUGUCUUUAUCUCUUUUUCUUCUUUAUCUCUUUAUUUGCCUUUUUCUCUCUUUCUCUUUCUUAACACACACAUAUACACAUUUUAUACAAUCAUAUAUUUCCGUCUUAUUUUCAUAUUUUAUAUAAUAUCAUAA